AUGGACUACAGUCUGCAGACCAGCCAGCAAAAGGAGAAGCUUCUGAAAACGAUCUACACCCUCCAGCUGAAGUCAAUCACCACACUCCAGACAGCCAGCCCACUGCUGAGCAACCAGCGUGGCAUGGGCAUGGUGACACAGUACCAAGUCCACCAGCUGGCAGAUAAGGCCAAAAGCCUGUGCGGAGACCUGGACAACAUCAAGAACCUCCUCCACUAUUGCCAGGAUGACCUCGUCCGGCAGAUCCCCAACCCCACCGGCAGCCGCUACGGGGGAGUAAAUGGAAUCCAUUGCUCCCUGGAUGGCUCCAUCUACGUGACAGCUGAGAGUGCUCCCUGGGUCCACAUCCUCAGCAGCACAGGCCAAACGCUGCAGUCCCUGCCAUGCCAGCAAACGGGGAAAGAAAGCAGCACUUUCUUGCCAGAAGAUGUGACUGUGACUCGGACAGGAAUGGUGGCUGUAGCUGACAUGAUGAAUGGAGCCAUCUGCAUCUUCAACCCUCACACCAGCCUGUCCAAGGGGGAAUGGAUAAGGAUCAGAAAGCUUGGUUCCCCCAGGGGUAUUGGUGUAGACUCCAUGGGCAAGAUCUUGGUAGCAGACUACGCACAAGGCCAAGUCCACAGCUUUGCUCUGGACCACGCCUUCAAGACGCUCAAUAUCCACUCAGUCCCCAACCUGCAGGGACCUCGCUACAUCAGUCCAGCACCCAACGGAGGCUUUGUGGUAAGCGAGGAGUGCGGAGACGUGAAGGUCUUCAUGAGCAGCCGUAAGCUCCUCUGUUCCCUCAGCAGCAAAUAUGGACACCAGUUUGGCAAUCCAGCUGGGGUCUGUGUUGAUGGGGAUGGCAGCAUCCUGGUGGCAGAUGAGCAGCACCGCAUGGUCCACUUGUUCCCAGAGCAUGGGGCUCCCAUCUGCCUGGUGUCCGCAGGGCUGCGGAGGCCUGCCGGCGUGGCUUGUUCCUCCUUCGGGCACCUCUUCGUGGCAGACGCAGGAGAGAACUGUGUCAAAGUCUUUAAGUACUGCGUGAGGCCCCCUUACAGCCCCAUCAACCCCGGGGCUCCAUGUGGUGACCCCAGCCUAGCACCCAGGCAGGGAGUGGGGCUGGUUCCAGUGCACCCCCGCUGA